AUGGGAAAGGAACAGGAUGAGUGGGCGCCGCAGGGUGGACUACCACUCCAGGACAGAGCACUGGGUCUCGUGGCACAGCCAUCGCUGCCGGUGCAGGCCAAGAUAGACCCGGAGCCAACAGGUCAAGAUGUGCCACCUGACUGGUGUCAGAAGACCACCGUGAUGCUUCGAAACCUGCCAAACAAGUACAGCCAGCAGAUGCUUCUGGAAGAGUUGAACUCGUCUGGCUUUUUGGGGACUUUUGACUUCCUCUACCUGCCAAUUGAUCCGGAAACUAACGCGAACCGUGGCUAUUGCUUCAUUAAUUUCACAGAUCCCAAUUAUGCUUGGUCUUUGAAGCUCACAUAUGAGGGACGUAAGAUGGGAAGGCAAUCCAUGCAAGGUCUGUGGCCCCUGCGGCUCUCCAAGGCUUCGAGGCCAACUAUGCGCAUUAUUCCACCGCCAGAGUGA